UAUAAUUCUACGCUCCCAACGACUCUCAUCACUACUUCAACAGCGGGUUUCGGCAUCACUCGAUUCACCGACAACAAAUGGCGGAGGCAGUUCUCUUCGACACUGCUGCGAAUAUCAUUACGAGUUCGGCCUCUCUUGCUGGCCAACAGAUUGGACUGCUCUGGGGUUUCAAAGAUGAGCUUCAAAAGCUCCGGAACACGGUUUCCACUAUCCAAGCGGUGCUUUUGGAUGCGGAGGAGCAACAGGCCAAGAGCCAUCUGGUCAAAGAUUGGCUUGGGAAGCUCAAGGACGCCAUGUACGAAGCCGACGACUUGCUGGAUGACUAUUCCACCGAACUUCUACGCCGACAAGUGAUGACACGGAAUAAGAUCAAGGCAAAACAGGUACACGUAUUUUUUUCCAAAUGGAACCAGCUUAAAUAUGGCAUUAAAAUGGGUCAUAGGAUCAAGGCAGUUAGGGAGAGACUUGAUAACAUGGCAGUUGAUCAAAUCAAAUUUGGCUUCACUGAGCAUCUUAUAGGGACACAGUUUGAGCAUAUGAAGAGAGAAGAUACACACUCUUUUGUACGUGAUAAAGAAGUCAUUGGGAGAGAGGAUGAAAGGAAGGCCGUUAAAGAGUUGUUAUUGGAUUCCGAUGUGCAAGAGAACGUUUCCAUCAUUCCCAUAGUUGGGAUAGGUGGACUAGGCAAGACCACGCUUGCUCAAUAUGUGUACAACAACGAGGAAGUCAAAAAACAUUUUGAGCUAAGAGUGUGGGUGUGCGUCUCUGAUCCUUUUGAUGUGGAAAUUGUUGUUCAAAAGAUCGUAGAAUGUGCGAUUGAAAGGAGACCGAUGGAUUGGUUGCAACGUCAACUUCGAGCAAAAAUUGAUGGAAAACGAUAUUUACUUGUUUUAGAUGAUGUAUGGAACGAGAAUCGUGAUACAUGGUUGAGGUUGGAAACACUGUUAUUGGGUGGUCUGAGGGGAAGCAAAGUUUUGAUUACUACACGUAGCACAAAAGUUGCAGAGAUUACAGGCACGGUGCCAUCGUAUCUUCUAGGAGGUUUAUCUGAAAGCAAUUCUUGGGAUUUAUUUAAGAAAAUGGCUUUUAAAGACGGGGAAGAGGCAAAGAAUCCAAAGUUAGUAGAAAUCGGAAGGGAAAUUAUUAAAAAGUGUGCACAAGUUCCUCUUGCUAUAAGGAGCAUAGGUAGUCUAUUAUACUUCAAAAACUCAGAAGCUGAUUGGCUGCACUUUAAAAACUUUGAACUUUACAAAAUAAAUCAUGAAGCCAAUAGUAUUAUCCCAAUACUUAAGUUGAGUUAUGAUCAUCUCCCGUCACAAUUGAAACAAUGUUUUGCUUUUUGUUCGUUGUUUCCAAAAGAUCAUGAAAUUGAAGUGGAGGUGUUGAUUCAGCUAUGGACAGCUCAAGGCUUUAUUCAUUGGUCAGAUAGAACCAGAUGUCUUGAAGAUGUUGGUCGUGAGUAUUUUACGGAUUUGCUUUGGAGGUCUUUCUUCCAAGACAUACGAAGAGAUGAAUAUGGUGAUAUAAAAAGAUGCAAAAUGCAUGACCUUAUUCAUGAUCUUGCACAAUCAGUAGCAGGGGACGAGUGCAUAAUUUCAAAUUCAAAUGCAGAAAAAGUAGUUGAAAGAAAUAUCCAUGUGGCAUUUGAUUCCUUAUAUUCAUUAAGGGAUAUUCCACCUCCCUUGCUCAAGGCCCACAAAAUGAGAUCGCUUUUUCUACAUAUUCCAGGUCUAGGCUAUAGGACAACUCUCCAGGGGAAUAAGUCAACAUAUGACACACUUAUUUCAAGUUUUAAAUGCUUGCGUGCCUUGAAUUUGAGUAGCUCAAAGAUUAAAAAAGUGCCGAAUUCCAUUGGCAAGUUAAAGCACCUAAGAUUUCUUGAUCUUUCUUACAAUUAUGGUAUAGAACUACUCCCCGCUUCUAUAACUAAGUUGCUAAAUUUGCAAACACUAAGACUUGAGUAUUGUACUGGGCUUAAAGAAUUGCCAGAAGACAUUACAAACUUGAUCAACCUUAGGCAUCUUGUCCUUAAGGAUUGUGAGAGAUUGACUCAUAUGCCGCAUGGAUUGGGAAAGUUGACCGCUCUCCAAACACUGUCGCAAUACACUUUGGGGAAGGAGGGAAGUCGUAUUCCAAAGCGAAAGGGUGGGCUAGCCGAUCUGAAAAGUUUAGAUGAGUUGAGAGGAGACUUACAUAUCAUUGGUUUAAAGCACUUGAGAUCUUCUCCCUUGGAAGCCAAGGCUGCAAACUUGGAGAGGAAGCAAUACUUUCGAAUGUUGAAAUUACAGUGGGGCCCAUAUUUUUAUGAUGAUGAUGAUAGUGAUAAGGCAAUAGAAAAUGAUGAACAGCUGUUGCAAAACCUUCAGCCACACUUAAAUUUGAAAAUAUUAUUUAUAAAUGGGUAUGCAGGUUUGAGGUUAUCGGGCUGGGUGUCCUCGCUCUCGAAUUUGGUUGAUAUUUAUAUAUUCAAUUGUAAAUGGUGCCAACAUAUCCCUCCAUUGGACCGAUUACCUUCUCUCAAGAAUCUUAUUCUUCGAAACUUAAGUGCGCUGGAGUACAUAAGCAAUGAUGGCAGUGACGUGUCCUCUUUAUCUCUUGAAAGUCUCUGGCUUUAUAAUUUGCCUAAGUUGAGGGGAUGGUGGAGGAUGAGGGAAGCAGCAACAACAGAGCAUGAGCCACAUCAUCAUCUUCCAUUAUUUCCAUUGGACCGAUUACCUUCUCUCAAGAAUCUUACUCUUUGGAACUUAAGUGCGCUGGAGUACAUAAGCAAUGAUGGCACUGACGUGUCCUCUUUAUCUCUUGAAAGUCUCGUACUUGAGGAUUUGCCUAAGUUGAGGGGAUGGUGGAGGAUGAGGGAAGCAGCAACAACAGAGCAUGAGCCACAUCAUCAUCAUCUUCCAUUAUUUCCAUCAUUUCCGUGCCUUUCUUAUUUAAAGAUUAGUAAGUGUCCUAUGUUGUCUCUAAUGCCAGUAGUGGCACAAGGGAGCGAAACAGCACACUCCUCUUCCUCUCCCUUUUCGGAUCUCUCCAAAUUGAAGUUUCUUACUCUUAAGAGAUUAGAGCAACUUGAAUCUCUGCCAGAGGAGUGGCUGCAAAACCUCACUUCUCUUGAGAGUCUGGAAAUUUGGAAGUGUUGUAAACUACGAAUAUUCAUGUCUCCACUCUUUCAACAUCUCUCCGCGCUUGAACGUCUGGUGAUUUGUAAGUGUAGGGAACUUAUCAGUAAUGAGAAUGAAGAGGGCACACAAUGGCUUGGAUCUACAACACUUCGUUAUCUAUUUAUAAAAGAUGUUCCAAACUUGGUGUCUCUCCCAAGGGAGCUUAGACAUGUUACCACUUUGCAAGAGCUUUCCAUAAAUAACUGCCCCACGCUGAACUCUUUACCGGAGUGGAUAGGCGACCUCACUUCACUCCAGCAUCUUCAGAUCUGGAAGUGUCCCAAUUUAAUAUCACUGCCUGAAGGUAUGCGCCGCCUCACCUCUUUACGUCAUUUGAGUAUUGUGCAGUGUCCUUGCUUGGAGAAAAGAUGUGAACAAGGAACAGGAGAGGAUUGGCCAAACAUUGCUCACGUCUCAAACUUUUCGACUGGUGUUUUUUCCGGCUACUAUUCGUCUGAAAGGGAUUAGUGGCCUAAUGCGCUAAUUAUUCUUCAGGACUCUUAAAUAUUUCAUCUGAAAGUGUGAUAAGCAUGAAAGCAACCGAUUGCUGGGCUUCUUUUGCACCAUUUUGAGCCAAUGUAGCAUGUUGUUUUCAAUUUGAUGCAACAAUAGUGAUUAUUAUUGGGCAGUCCAUUAAGUACUCCAAGAGACUUGCUCUGAACAAGAAUCAUGCUAAGCACUGCCUCUCAGACGUUGAGAAGAUCCUAGAGAGUCAAGGGCCAAAUGAAAUCUCUAGAAGAUCUAUUCCUUUCAACCAGAGAACCUCACAUAAUUCUCUUGCCCUGUUAUGGAUGUUGAUGAGUUUGAGCGCACUCUGGACUAUUCAAGACUUAUGGUCCUUUGUGGAAGGAUUGAUCCUGUCAAUGAGUGUUGUGACCAAGUUUGCCAAAAUGCUAUACUAGAUGCUGCUAGAAAGAUUGGCCUAAAUGGUAUGUCAAAUAUGGAUGGGUGCCCUGUCUCACUUGAACACUCAACAAGGAUGGAUGAUUGCAAAAAUAUUGUCGUCUGGUGGCUGUCCAGUAAACUUGAUCCUUCUUCAGCAAAUAAUGUUCUUAGAAGACUUUCAAAUUGCAAUGUAAAUAAAGUAUGUCUAUUGGUUUUUCCCAACAUGACAAAACAUUAUGAAAGAAUGUGGAAAUGUGAUAAAUGACGAGACAGCUUGCUGCAAAGCCAUGGAGAGUUACGUACGUGUCUCAAUUGCAACAGCAGAGCUUCCUCACCAACUUGCAAGCCUUGAAAAUUGUGCUGCAUCAAUUGGCACAAGGUUGCAGGAAGCUAAUGUUUCCUACUUGUUUAUAAUCUUUGUCAUAUAAACCUCAAGGAUUUCUCUCUUUAAGUGGGAUCACAAGAGUCUGGCUACCUUUUACCAAGCUUGUCUUCAUAUGCAACAUAUGAUAGAACUUCAGGGUCAGCUUCGUUUGCGAUCUUAGUGAUAACAUUGCAGCUCCUUGGCCCUCUAAAUCUUAUGUACCUGCUUCUACCCGCAAUAAAACUACCAAACUUUCAGCACUCCCCACAGCAACAUCUGCACAAAGUGGUCGAUACACCGACAACUUGAUGUUUCCCCUGCUUGUGACCUCAUUUCUGCUUUCCAACAUGCUUCUUUGAUAUUCGUUUUCACUGUUACUUGGUUCUUUUGGCCACAAACAGAAGCUGCUCUUGUAUGCUCAGAAACUUGGGAUGCAAUACGGAUAAAGGUGCCUCCAGUGAAUUGGUGAAAAAUGGUGUGGAACCCGGUGGCUAUACCUCGACAUUCCUUCCUUUUGUGGCUUGUUUUCAGAGAUGCUUUGAUUACUAAGGAAAGGAUGUGUGUAUGGGGUUUUCUGGGGGAUUGCUUAUGCUCAUUUUGCCGGGGAAGGAUUGAGAAUAGAGAGCACCUAUUCUUCCAAUGUGGCUUCAGCAAUUGCAUAUGGAAGGAAUUGAUGGCUCUCUGUUUGGUGAGGCAGCAGAGGUACUCUUGGGAUGAUAUUGAAAAUUGGAGCAUGAAGGAAUUAAGGUCAGAUUGCCUGAAGGCUAGUCUAUGCAUUCUAUGCUUAGGUGCUGCUAUCUACCACCUAUGGAAUGACAUAAUACAUGGGAACAGCCUUAGUUCUGAGGAGCAUAUUGUGGAAAAAAAAUUAAAUGGGAUGUUUGUGCUCGAAUCAUGAGUAAAGGACCUUACAAGAAGUCUAAGGAGAAUCUUCAACUUGCAAGCUUGUGGAAUCUUUACAAAGUUUUUCAAUAGAUUCUGUUUGUGUAGUUGUUCUGGUUGUUGGUGUACUCGGCUCUGUUUUGUUUGGUUGUAUCUUGUUUAGCUGUUGAGCUGUGUGAGAUAGUUCUGCAGAAUUUAUUCUGCUUCAGUUUCAGUUGUAGGGCUGUGAGAGUGGUCUGUUGCUCUCUUGCCCUCUGUGUAGUUUGAACCAGUGUACUGGUGUGUGUGUUUUUUGGUGUUUGGUUCUAUAAAAGUUUCCCUUCAUAAAAAAAUAAAAAAAAUAAAAACAGAAGCUGCUUUUUUUGCAGCUUCAUAAAUAUUGAUUA